AUGCGCACAUUUACGCGACGCCUACGGGAAGCAUUGCCUCUACCCAGGGCAUCCGCCGCACCCUGCCCAAGAACAGUCUCCCGCCCGCUAGCCGCAUCCCGACCCCGAACGACAACGUCGACACCGCGGAACCAGCAACCACACUUCGCUGCUCGAUCACUACACACAACGUCCAGACUGGACAAGCAGAAAAAGGCGCAGGAGCAUGUCCCCGCCAGCUUCAAAGAUCUAGACGUGCUCGGUAACACGCCGGUGCCGUCGACGUCGGUCGACGUCUGCAUGUACGAUGGGUUUGGCCUCAACAGCGGCAUCACAAUCACCGACGGCGACGGCGCGUUGCUUGUCGACGGCGAGGCCUUUACGUGGCGGCCGUGGGCGAUUACGGGCGCGAUGCGCCUGCUCAACGACAAAGGGCAGUUUGAUGUGCCUGCGGAGGCGUUUGGCGUCUUUGACAUGCUGUGGCCUCGACCUGAUUUACUCAUCAUUGGUACGGGAAAGAGCAACGUGCCGCUCAGCCCUGAGCUGAAGAAGCACAUCUCGUCUCUUGGAAUACGUCUGGAGGUGCUGGACACGAGAAAUGCGGCGUCGCAGUUUAAUCUUCUUGCGACGGAGCGUGGCGUGCAAGACGUGGCGGCUGUGUUGAUACCGAUCGGGUGGAAGGAGGGCGUCGGUGCUGCCGAGUAA